AUGUCUGAGGCGACUCAGUGCUUGAAGUUCGGAAAAGGCAGAGAAAGGAACCAAGCCUGGGAGGAGAACUGUUGGAGAUGUUCAGACCCUCCUCCAGGAACAAGCUCUGUCCUGCCUCCUCCUCCUCCUCCUCCUCCUCCUCCUUCAUCUCAAAGCCAGUCUCCAGAGAGCGCGGCGCACAUUUCAGCCUCUCUUCCUCCAGUUGACAGAGAGGUCUGCGCCGCUUUUGCAACCUCUCCCCUCCACCUCCGAUGGGCCAGAGAGACUGUGGCUGCCGCUGCAUCUGCCCGCCCUGCACAUAUGGAUUGUUGCGCCUCGGCUUCGGUUCUGGGAUGGUUACGCAUCGUGCUGCUUUGGGCCGCGCAGUCAGGAGCGCUUGCACAACACGCUCCGGAGUGUUACCCUGGAGGACACCGGAUCUUACGCAGCCCAUACCGCAGCGUCGACUUUGACUCCACAGAGAUCCAGAACACGGCCAUCCAAGACCUGAUCUGCGAUCACUCGCUGUUUCCCGGCUGGUACCGGUUCCGGAUCAACGGCAAGCCGGCAGAGAUGCCGACCAGCUGCGUUGAGAUGAACCGCUGUGGCACCCAGGCUCCCAUCUGGCUGUCGUUGAAGGACACCUCUCUGCCGGGACCGGGCCGGGUCCGCCAGCUCUCCGCCUGCGCCACCUGGCAGUUCUUCCACGGCAGCGCCAAAGACUGCUGCCUCUUCCGCAUCCCCGUCACGGUGAGGAACUGCGGCGACUUCCUGGUCUACUACCUGCAGCCGACGCAGGGCUGCAUGGGAUACUGCGCCAAAGUUGCUCCAGAGUUGGGAUCCAGGGUCUGCCUGACAGGAGAAGUGGAAGUCGACGGUCAAUGCAAAGCUCCGGUGCCGUCUUUGCCGACCCGACCGGUGAUCACCGCAGAGCUGGUUGGACACAGCGUCCACCUCCGGUGCGCCUUCGUCCCGCCGCCCUGGAGCCGGACGCUGGGCUUCCAGGUGGUUUGGGCCAGACACAUCGGCAACAAGAUGAAGGCCGAGAUCAGGCAGGAAUCCACGCUGAAGCCCUUCUCCCUGGUGGAGAUGGAUGGCGUUCACUUCAGGCUGGGAGAAACGUUCUCGUGCAGUGUGUCAGCUUUCAAAGUUAACGCCAACAACACCAGAUCCUCCGCAAAAGAAAGUGAAAGUUUCUACGCUGGACUGAAGUUUUCUCCAGACUCUCUUCGUAUAGCGGAGAACAACAAGGAGCAUGAGGUCACCGUCCACAGCACAGUUCCCAUUCGCUGCUUCAGCUCCGACCCUGGCCACCAGUGUGGAGUCCCUCUGGCUCUGAGUGUCCAGGACCCAGACAGCCUUAGGCAUGAAGUCCCCAAUGUGGUCCUAUCUGCCUGCCAGGUGGAGAUCAAGCCACAAACCUGCAGCAACAGCACCUGCGGCAGUGCAACAUUUUUCCUCACAGCUGUGACAGAUUUCACACGUGAUGGGAAUCGACUGAGCCUGGUUUCUGCCUUGCCUGGACCCAAUGCACCAAGACUCUGGAGGAGCUAUACCCCAACAUCUCUGAAGGUUAUGGUCCAAGACAUUCCCAGUUCCAUUUGUUACUCUUUGACUGACCCACAUUUCAUCACGUUUGAUCGCAGGCGUUAUGAGAACCACCAUACUGGCACAUUUGUUCUGUACCGAAGUCUAGCCAGGAGGUUUGAGGUCCAGUCUCGCCAGUGGGACUGUGGCAGCAGACACUACUCAGUCGCCUGCAACUGUGGCGUUGCUGUCCAAGAGGGGAAUGACAUAGCAAUCCUUGACAUGUGCAAUGGCCAACUUCAAGAAACUCGACCGCAGCUUAUUGUGAAGAACCUUGGUGGUGACGGUACUCGGGUGAGGGUCCUAGAGUCCCACCAGGGAAAGAAGGUCACCUUGAUCUUACCCUCGGGGGCCUUUGUCAGGGCAGAUGUGAGUGACUGGGGGAUGAGCCUGUCUGUCCGAGCCCCAAGCGUUGACUUCAGCAACACUCAGGGACUGUGUGGAACCUUUGACCGCAACAGCAACAAUGACUUUCACGGGUCCAACGGCGGCGUUUAUGGUCUUGAUGAAUUGGAUCGCUUCAUCGAGGACUGGAGGAUAGCUCCUGGUGAGAGCUUAUUUGACAGCACCAGCCCUGUGAUCAUGCACAAAGCCAGGAGGCCUUUUUGUCAAUGUCGCAGAGAGUAUACCCCUACUCAACAACAUAGCAGAGGGAUGGUGUACAGCCCUCUUGCUCACUCUGAAUGCACAGCAUACGAUAAUGUGGAUUACACAUCUGUGUUUCCUUCCAUGGAUACAACAGUGGAAUACAUCAAGAGCCCCGAAAGAGAGGAAAGCAUCCUAGAAAUGUCUGCUUUGAGUAAUUAUCCUCUGGAGGGGAGGCACCUGUGGCUUAAACGAGAGAAAAAUCAACACGGUGAUGAUUUUGAACUGGAUGGGGAGUUGAGGGAAGACCUGCUGCUUUCAACUGACAGGGCAAAGAGAGAGGCCCCAUUUGACUUUCAGCCCAUCUUCGCUGCUCAAAGCCUGAGCCAAGCAGAUUUGGAAAGUCUUGCCUACUUUUUUCCUGAGGAUCACAUGGCAGAAGCUAGACCGAAUGCUCAACCCCAGUGGCCUACACCAACUGGGCUGACAUCAACCAAAGCCUUGGAGGUAUGCCAGAGGGCCUUGGUCAACUCCACUGUUGGUGCCGUGUGCAGAGGUCUGCUUGGACGCUGGCUUGAGGAAGCAGUGGAUCUCUGUAUGAUGGACCUGCAGUUGAAGGAUGACCUGGACUGGGAGGAAGCACUCCUGCCCUUUCUGGAGAACGAAUGUGAAAGGCAGCUGCUGGAGAACCGGACCCAACGAGCCGUGGAGGUUCAUACUUCAGGUGCUUCUGGGGAAGUUGUAAUGGCAUUGCGCUGCCCAAACUUGUGCAACGGAAAUGGAGAGUGUACCGAGUGGGGCUGCCAGUGUUAUCCAACUUAUAGCAACCAUGACUGCAGCCUGGCCAUCAGCCAGCCAAUUGAGAUAACCGAUUUGGAAAAUGGUGGAUUAUGCGACAUCCGAACCUUUGACUGUCGCAGCGUUCGAGUUUUUGGCCUCGGCUUCAUCGACUCUGCUGACCUGAGCUGCUUAACCACACGACUGAAGUACAUAAACAACGCUUGGAUUGCAGAGGAGCAGCAGAAGACAAGGGCCACCUUCCUCAGCUCGAGGACCUUGGACUGUGCUGUUCCAUCACUGAGCAGCGCUGCUAUCAAUACAGAGGACUUCAUGAUGGACGACAAACCAUACGCACGAUGGGAGAUUAAGGUGACCAAUGAUGGCUUCCAGUACAGCCAGGCGAAGAUGCUGACCAUUUACGAUGGUGUUUGCCAGGUCUGUGAGGCAUCGUACUCAGGCCUCUGUAAGUUAAAGGAGAAGACGUGUAACAUCGACGGGAUGUGUUUCGCAGCCGGAAGCGUCAACCCCAGCAGCCCCUGCCUCAUCUGUCAACCCCACACCUCCAAAUUCACCUGGUCUGUUAACCAAGUCAACGGGCCUCCGUCCUUCCACCGUCCUCAGAGCAGCUUGAGGACGUUCGCCGGGGAGAACUUCGUCUUCCAGUUCGCGGCGUCUGACCCGGAGGGCUCGGCGCUCCUCUUCCAGCUGGAGGAGGGACCCGACGGCGCUGCGCUCUCCCCCGCUGGCCUCUUAAUCUGGAGGGUGCCGUUAGGCCCCCCGACGGGGGCGCCUCGAUGCUCCUUCCGCUUCACGCUCUCUGACGAAUGCAACGCCCGGAGCACCUUCACGGUGCAGGUUGACGUGGUGCCCUGCGGCUGCCUGAACGGAGGGAGCUGCGUGACGGACGUGGCUUUUCCCACCGGCAGUGGGAAGUACCUGUGCGUUUGUCCCGAGGGCAAACGGGGCGAGCUCUGCGACGAGGACGUGGACCAAUGUUUGUCGGCUCCGUGUGAAGCCGGCAGAUGUGUCGGCACGGCCAGCGGCUACCGAUGCGAGUGUCCUGUGGGGCUGAGAGGUUUAACUUGCCGGGAGGACAUCAACGAAUGUGAGCGGAACCCAUGCUUUCCAGGAGUCCAGUGCUUCAACAGCCUCGGCUCCUUCCGCUGUGGUCCAUGCCCCAGAGGCAUGCUGGGAAAUGGGACGACUUGUACGGCAGCAGUCUUUAGGCCAGAUGCCGUCCUCCCAACACCUUUUCCUCGUACAACUGUUUACAAGAUACCAGAUGUUCUGCUGCAAGCGCCUUCAAAAGAGACAUAUUAUGUCCAGAAAGCUCCCACUGGUACUUUGUUGCAGACGAAGCCUGUGUUUGGUAAGGAAAUUCCAAAAACAGAGUCCCCCUCCUGGAGAAAUAUCCCAGGAAUUACCUCCAACUUGAAGCUCGGGACGGGAGAAACCAACAAGAGCGUGGGAGCAGAUGUUUCCCCAAACAAUGGCGGUCAGCAGAAAACACCCCAAAGAGGUCCUUCAAAUUCACCUAAGACCAUCAGCGACGCUUUUGGGGACGUCUCAGAGAGUCCAGCCGAGAGAGCGACACCGGAUCGGUCUACAAUCAGGGAUGGAGUCAGACAUGCUUCCAGCAACACAUCAGGAAAUGGAAGAACUGCAUCAGGAUCGGCUCCGUCUCCAGCUCUCCACGUCUCAGCAACAUGUGCCAGCAGGCCCUGCUUCCCAGGAGUUCAAUGCAUCAACCGCCGGCCUCCACACGUUGGCUACGUCUGCGGUCGCUGCCCCCCUGGACUUUACGGCAACGGUCGCGUCUGCAUGAAGACCCCCAAGGAAGCAUCCCGUUUCCUCCCUCAGCAGCAGACGUCUGGCAAAUCCAGCCGAAAUUUGCACGGAAGCAGAGCCAAGCCUUCCCACCUCCACCUGCCAAGCCUCCCAUCCAGGCAGCUUAUCAAACAUCCACCUGUAUCUCUGGCCAAACAAGACAACCCACCACAUCAGGAUUUAGCGUCACAGAGAGGUGGCGGAACAGGGCGAAGGGAAGCAGUCACCUCUUCCUCCAGAGAUGCUCCAAGGACAGCCUCCGGUGCCGUGUUCAGUCCCCACCCCACUCAUGAAAUCGCCGUCUCCAGGUCUGAUACCAGAUCGAGAACUACAGCCUUUAGGGAGUCGGGUCUCAAGAUUUCCCAGAAGUACAAAGACGGCGCCACAACCCUUAAGGUAACGCCAUCACAGGGAGCCCAGCCACAGCUCAACCACCACCCAUCACCCAAAUCCUGGACCUCGUCAAGACCAGCUCUCCCUCUCACCGCCGCCCUCACGGCUCUGUCCUACGCCCUGUCCGAGUCAGAGUUCUCUGCAGAUGGAGACGAACUCGAUUCCAGUCCAGACAGUCCUCAGGUGUCACAAACGCACCCGGCACCAACUCCAACGACCCUCGCGCAAAAACCUACUUCCAGUCAUUUCCAAGUCAGAAGUGGCACCACUGCCAACGGACACGUGAUGACCUGCUCCGGCAAGCCGUGCUUUCCCGGUGUCCAGUGCGAGCCGUCUGUGGGUGGGGGUUUCCACUGUGGCAGGUGUCCUGUAGGCUACACCGGAGAUGGACACACAUGUCGGGCUGUAUGCAGGCACGCGUGUGGCAGGAACAUGGAGUGUGCUGCACCCAACACAUGCCGCUGCAAACCAGGUUACACAGGACCCAGCUGCCAGAAAGCCAUUUGUGAUCCAGAAUGCAUCAACGGCGGGGUCUGCGUUGCUCCAGGCGUGUGUCAGUGUCCCAGAGGUUUCCAUGGAGACACUUGUCAGGAAGCUCUGUGCAGGUUACCAUGUGAAAACGGAGGCAGCUGUGUGGGACUGCAGACUUGUUCUUGUCCUUAUGGGUUUGUCGGUCCUCGGUGUGAAACAAUGGUCUGCAGCCGUCACUGCCACAACGGAGGCCGGUGCGUGUCCCCAGACGAGUGCAUGUGUCCUCCAGGUUGGACCGGACUGUCCUGUGAGACAGCUCUGUGCUCGCCUGUCUGCCUGAACGGAGGAGUGUGUGCCCGGCUAAAUACCUGCGAGUGUCCUCUCGGUUUCUACGGAGCGCGGUGUCAGAACGCUGUCUGCAGUCCACCCUGUAAGAACGGCGGCAUGUGCCGGAGGAACAACAUCUGCACCUGUCCGCAGGGAUAUUCCGGGAGACGCUGCGAGAAAAGUGUGUGCGACCCCAUGUGCAUGAACGGCGGCAGGUGCGUCGGCCCAGAUGUGUGCGACUGUCCGUCUGGCUGGCAAGGGAAGAGAUGCGACAGACCCAGCUGUCUGCAGAGGUGUCUGAACGGAGGGGAGUGCGUCGGUCCAAACGCCUGCCACUGUCCGCCGGGCUGGCAAGGCCUGCUGUGCCAGAUCCCCCGCUGUGAGCAGAGGUGUCUGUACGGCAGCCGCUGCGUCCGUCCCAACGUCUGCGCCUGCAGGAGCGGCUUCUCCGGAUCUCUGUGUUCCCACAGGCUCCCCAUUGCUCGGGGCUGAAGGGGAGCAGGUUUCUCCACGCUGGCUGGCCGCUGAUGUCCACAGGUGGCCACAGGUGAAGCAAAGGUGGAAAGGAUGCCGACAUUUCAUCGAACCAAACUCACCACAAUGUCCUGACUACUGUAAAUACUUCCAGGUUCAGGUUCCUCGCCUAUUAUCUAACCUCUUCCAUGAGUAUUUAUUUAUUUGGAUGUUUUAUAUUGUCCCAUAGUCCUUGAUGUAUAUAUCUUAAUCACUCUGUAAUCUGCUGCUUCCCAUCAAAUCCUCGUUUGUUGGUCGUUUUGCCAGAGAAUAAAAGGUGUUUGGUGGGCA